AUGUUCAAGCUUGGAACCGCCAUCGUGACUGCUCUUGGUCUCCUGAUGGCAGGGGUAGUGAGCGGAGCACCCGCCGAACCUGUGUCUACGAUGGAAAAUCCUACUGUCACUAUCUACCAGGACAUGAUGUACAGAGGCAACUCCGAGGGUCUCCGCGAGGCCAACGUCUGCUACUCCUUCCCGGCAAACACUCCAUGGUUCCACAACAUCUCCUCCAUGAAUAUCCGGGAUGGGUAUACCUGUGACGCCUACAUGGGGUUCGACUGCAACCAGAUGCUUAGACAGGGUCUGCAGGGCGAGUACCGGAACCUUGAUAUCGAUGGUAUGAACAAUAUCAUCGAGAGCAUGAGGUGCAGGCCUAUUUAG